GCAAAUUGUUAAGGUGCCAGGAUUGACCCACUUGCACAUACAUUAUUUUGUUUAGACGCAUUUUCAGCUAUUCUUUUGUAUUUUCUCUGAAGCAAAUUACAGAUUGAAGAUAUUUCAGCAAUCUCAUAGACUCUUUAAAUCCGCUUGGGUAUUUCUGGUCACCAUUUAUUUAUUUAGUCCAGUUCUCCGAUUGAAACGCAGCCAGCGGCUGUUUGCGUUUCAACCUCUCGGCGCCCCCUGUUGGUGAACUGAAUAACAGAGACGUCAUCGUUAAGCAGGUCCUUACAGGAUUGUAGUAUAAUAAGAGACAAUAAGCGUCUCUUUAUCUCGGAACAGAGUAUGUAAAAUAAUUCGGCUUUCCUCAAGAGAGUUUUAAUCGUGUAUAAAUUAGUCUAGCUGUAAUUUGUAUAUUAGGUUAUUUUUUUAUUCAUUUUGGAGCGCAGUGUAUUUUAGUGUACGCCCUACCAGGACCUUUACAAUGGUGCACCAAGAUUUGCUGGUUUCUCUACAAACACACAGUGGAAGGUGUCGGGCGGCCGCUCCCAGCACAAAUAUGUUUGCAGGAAUCCUGGCUUGGUCCUGACCGGCUCCGGUGCUUCGAGACCGCCGGCUGUUCGGCGCAUUGGCAACGAGUCGCGGUCCAGCUCUACAUGUCCGGCGUGGCGCCUGCUGCUGCCGCCAGCGUUGGCGGCUCCGGCGCGGGCACCGGCUCGGGCGCGGCAUGCGGGGCUUCGGGGGUCGCUGGGCGGCUGCCGAUCCGCGUUUUGGAGCACAUUUUCUCCUACUUGGAUCUAUCGGACCUGAUGCGCUGCUCGCUGGUCUGCUGGCACUGGAACCGCUGCCUGGCGGAUGAAAAUAGCGAGGUGUGGCGGAGCCAGUGUGCGCGUUCACUCAGCGAAGAGGCGCUGCGCUCCGAUAUCCUCUGCAACCUGGCCACUUACAAAGGAAAAUUGAAGUCAUUUCAGCAUGCACUGAGCUCCCAUGACUGCUCCAGGAAUGUGUAUGUCAAGAAAAAUGGCUUCACUCUCCAUCGCAACCCGAUUGCUCAGAGUACUGAUGGCGCUCGGGCAAAAAUUGGCUUCACGGAGGGCAGACAUGCUUGGGAAAUCUGGUGGGAGGGACCGCUGGGCACCGUGGCAGUGAUUGGCAUCGCAACCAAGAGGGCGCCCAUGCAGUGCCAGGGCUAUGUUGCACUCCUGGGGAGUGAUGAUCAGAGCUGGGGCUGGAAUCUUGUUGAUAAUAACCUGCUUCACAACGGUGAGGUCAACGGAAACUUCCCUCAGUGCAAUAACGCACCUAAGUACCAGAUAGGAGAGCGAAUACGUGUGAUUCUGGACAUGGACGACAAGACGCUGGCGUUUGAGCGAGGGUUUGAGUUUCUCGGCGUGGCGUUCAGGGGACUGCCCAAGACCUGCCUCUUCCCAGCUGUUUCGGCUGUUUACGGUAACACUGAAGUCACGAUGGUGUACCUUGGAAAACCUCUAGACGGCUGAAGAGGAUCUCAGUGCCCUGCUGACAAAGCCAAAUGCCAAGGAGACAUCCAGAUGGCAUCCUAAUGACUCUGAGCAGUCUACAGUGAGAGAGAGAGACGAUUAAUCCGGGCAGAAAUAUGCAGAUUAUUAACCGGGAUUAUGGGUUAUAACUCUCCAAAAGAUGCCUCUCUGGAUUACAGAACUCUCCGGAUGGAUAAAGACAAUAGUUUUUAAAGCUGAUUUUAAUUGUAAUUUAUAAACAGACAUUGGGCUCUGUCCCAUUUAUAGUUUGUUAAUCCAGCCUGAUUAGUGGCAGGUUUGAACCUUUAACCGCAGUCAAGGAAUGCAUUUAUAACACGUUACAGCGAUGAGGGACUGCGAGGAUUGCAAUUCUACAGAAACUGGAUGGUUUUUGAAUUUUACUCCACAUCACAAAUACAACCUAUAUGUAGGCAAUGACAUGCCAAAAACGAUGUUUGAUUACCUCUACACAGCUUGACCAUUUUGAACUUAAAUGCAAGACUGCUUCACUAGAGUUAGUGCUUUGCAUGCAGUGUAGUUGAAGCUGUCUGUUGCCAUUGGUGUUCGUGCAGAAAAUCCAAAAGACAUGGUCAUGUUACUAUAAUAAUUAAUUGUGAUGUACUAGUGUAUGAUAUUAAUUUAUUAGGUUUUAUCCUUGGUAUCACUGAGGUUAUGGGACCGGUAAAUAAAUGAUAUGGUGCCAGUCUGUAAAAGUGGCAGUUUUGUUUUGUUUUUAAUAACAGUCUUUCAUCGUUCAAUGGAAUAUAUAAGGUGAAGAUUUGC